GCUAGGCUGAAAACAUAGAACACACCAUCUGUUUGCUGCGAAUAUAUGACGGUAGGAACGUAUCCGAUUAUCUGGAGCCAAGCUCUUCUAGGACUUUAUUUUAUUAGGGUAUUUUUCUAACCAAAGAAUCGGAUAAUUGUUCGUUUGAAUCGAAUUGUGUAUUUGCUACAUACGUAUUAUGUGCACGCUAGCUAUCUAGCUAGCUAGCCAGUUUACCCAGUGUUUUACUGGCACUAGUUUAGCCUCAACCAGCUUCGUCGCCUUCAUCAACAAACCUAGAUAGGAUCAUAGGCCGCUGAUUGUUGGCUGAGGCAUACAGCAGGGCCUCUGAGGAGCCUUAGCUUUGUCUUCCCAUGACAACGCGACAUCAUGGCAGCAACGGCUCCAGCAGCGAUGCCGAGUGCCGAGUCUCGGAGGACGAAAGGAACAUGGAGGACGUAGAGCUUACCGAGCUCGGACCGCUGCUGACGAGUCCAGAAUCCUCUGCCAAACUCAGAGCAGCAACAGCAUACCCGGAUGGGGAUGAUGAUGACUGUGAUGAUGAUGAUGAUGAAGACUUGAAAAUGGUCACACUGCCUCUGCAGGCCCACCGUGCCAUGGAGAAGAUGGAGGAGUUUGUACACAAGGUAUGGGAAGGACGUUGGCGAGUGAUACCUUUUCACUUGCUCCCUGACUGGCUGAAAGAUAAUGACUACCUUCUUCAUGGUCACCGGCCUCCCAUGCCAUCGUUUCGAGCCUGCUUUGGAAGCAUCUUCAGGAUCCACACAGAGACAGGGAACAUCUGGACACACUUACUAGGUCUGAUUCUGUUCCUGUGUCUGGGCACUCUGACCAUGCUGCGGCCGAACAUAUCAUUCAUGGCACCUCUGCAGGAGAAGGUGGUAUUUGGGAUGUUCUUCCUAGGUGCUGUGCUUUGUCUCUGCUUCUCCUGGCUUUUCCACACAGUCUACUGCCACUCGGAGAAGGUGUCCAGAACAUUCUCAAAGUUGGACUACUCUGGCAUAGCAUUGCUGAUCAUGGGUUCGUUUGUGCCAUGGCUCUAUUACUCGUUUUACUGCUCCCCACAGCCAAGGCUAAUAUAUCUAUCCGUGGUGUGUGUGCUUGGCAUUGCUGCCAUCGUCGUGGCUCAAUGGGAUCGCUUUGCUACUCCACGUCACAGACCAACACGUGCAGGUGUGUUUCUUGGACUUGGGCUGAGUGGCAUUAUUCCCACAAUGCACUUUACCAUUGCUGAGGGCUUUGUGAAGGCUACAACAGUGGGCCAGAUGGGCUGGUUCAUCCUAAUGGGUGCCAUGUACAUCACUGGAGCUGGCCUUUAUGCUGCACGCAUCCCUGAACGCUUCUUUCCUGGAAAAUGCGAUAUCUGGUUCCAAUCACAUCAGAUAUUCCAUGUGUUGGUGGUGGCUGCAGCUUUUAUUCACUUCUACGGCAUUUCCAACCUGCAGGAGUUUCGUUACGGCCUGGGAGGAGGCUGCACAGAUGAUUCCCUUCUCUAAAGUGCUCCAUCCCUCUUUCUGCUCAUUUUUUUUUUCCUUCCUUCAUUUACUGCCCUGAAACUGAAAUGAUGACCAGUGUGAACACUUUUGGAUCAACCAUGGUUGGAAACGGCCAGUUCACACACUGCCUACCACACAAUGAACACUUAUUAAAAACUCUACCAAGAUUAUUGAUUUUAAGGGAUUGUUACAUAUUUUUAAAACCUCCUUUGUACAAUCAAAUGUUUUAUUGUUGUAAUACUUGAAAACAUACAUUAAGAAGAUAGAACUUAGAAUUCAGUUAAGCUUUAGUUCACAGUUUACUUUGCAUUGCACUGUCACACUGUUUAAAAAGUGUAUGUAUAAGGUGUUUAGUCACAGCCACUGAGAGCUGUGUGAGCAGUGCUACCUCUCCCUGUCUACUCCAGUCUGUUCACACUGAUGGGUAAACGCAAACUGAGGACGCUACAGGAUUUAGAACUUUACAGAACUUUUAAAAUCAAACAAGGAAUGUCUUUCAUCUGCUGUAAAUGAUUUCAUGUCUGUAGUUUGUGACAACCUAAUUUUCUCAGUUACAUAUUUGUUUGUCUUUUCUCUGAUUUUCUUGUCAAUGGUUCAUUUACAUAUUAUUUACCAAUAAAAAUAAGAAAUGUCCAA